AUGGUGACGACUUCUAGUUUAUUUUCUAUAUUGAAUGAAUUGGUAUCAAAGACUGCGCCACAAUGGCUAUAUACAUAUAAGCCAAAGCCAUGGUUGAGAAUUGGAUCUUUAGGCCUUUCUACAGUCUUAGUGGUCUAUGGUGUCACAUUUGCAGACAUGACAUGGUUAUCUGCAAAGAAGAGAUAUGAAUGGGCCACUGAAGAGGAACGACUGGAUUGGAAAUAUUGGAUAAAGACGUAUGGACCAUUAGGGUUGACUUUUUUGCCUUUUACUCUGUCCCUGGGGACAUUAUGGACUUUUUCUAGAGUCGUUACUAAAAUUGAACUGGUAUCUAAACACAGUAAUGUUAAUAGUAAUGUGCCAAUGUUUAGAGUGGUUAGAUUAUCUGCAGUUAUGGGUAAACCCAAAGAAAAUUUAAUCAAUGUUAAUCAUUUAGUAAAGAGUAAAAAUUCUCGUAUUUUUACAGGUAAUGGCGAUCAGGGUAUUGAAGAUAGGGGUACAUUUUGCUUUUAUUUGAUGAAUACAGCAGCUGGUGUCAAGUUUUGGGAUAAACAUUACAUUAUUUCUCGUUCUGGGAAAAUUUGGAAAUCUGAUGGGAAAUUGCUCGAGUCCUUAUUUAACGAUGGUCCAGGAACUGUAUCAUCAUCUAAAUCUAAGAAUAGGCCACGACAUUCUAUACUUCAAGAAAUUAUCCAAUUGAACCAAGAAAAAAAUAAAAAUAAGCACUCAUUCCAUAUAAAAUCAAUUAAACAAAAAAAUAUUAUAAAAGAUAUUAUAUUAAACACAGAAAAGAAAUAG